AUGCAUAUCCUCUCUCCAGGGUUCGGGAACCCGUCCAAGGCGGCGGCGCCGCAACCAGAGCCUGCAGUAGAGCCUGAGCUCGAGCCUCUUGCGACGCUCCCGCCGACUCCUGUCUUCCCAUCCCACCAAGCGAUGACUCUGUUCUUGCAGUCGUAUGCACGCAUGCUGCAGCACGUGAAGACGGGAACGGUGGUCGGGAAGAGAAAAGUAGGCGUUGACCACAGCCACGACGCGCUGGUUUCCGGCGACUCGCUCGCCGCGGCUGGCGACACUGUGCUGGAGCGAGUGCAUCUUGGGCUCGGCGCGCUGCUGCACCACCCCCAGCAUGGCGUACAGGGAGGGACAGUGUGGGGCCGCAAGGAGGAGGCAGUGGAGCGGUGUCUGGAAGAGCUAGAGAAGGACGUGGAGCACAUGAGGGAUGCUCAUGAGAAACCACCGCCUGCCACCACUCUGAACCUAGCAACUGCGCACUGCUUGGAUGCCGCAAAGAUGAUCAGCAAGCUCUGA